UCAAGUUGUGUGUGGUUACAUAUCUUUAUUUAAACCACCAACACUCUCUCUCAUUUUUCUUAAACCAAAACAAUUCUCUUCUUCACUACUAAUUCAUAAAGACCAUGUCUGAAUCCCGUUUGCAUUUGCAUUUUCUCUCGCUACUUUUGCUCUGUUAUGUCUCCCCUUCAAGCUUCUUUAACUUAAACAUCGAUUACAGUAGCUAUGUUGCUUGCGGUCCCCAUCAGACUCAAGUUCUCACUGAGUUCAUGAACGAGUUUGAUAGCAGCCAGUGCAACCUCAGUGAUCCCUAUAACGGAGUGUGCGAUAACUCGACUGGUGCGGUCACAAUGCUACGACUCCAGGCGUGUCUCAGCGGAACUCUAAAGCCCAAUAGUAGCCUCUUCAGGUUACACCAUCUUCGUUACCUUGCACUCAUUCAAAACAACUUCAUCUCAGCUACAAUUCCUUCAGAAUUUGGGAAUCUCAGCAGGUUAGAGGCCUUAUCUCUUAGGAAUAAUAGCUUUGUAGGCCAAGUUCCUUCCUCAUUUAACAGCCUAAGCCUUCUUUCCGUUUUAGAACUUUCCCUAAACGAGCUCACUGGUAGUUUCCCACUUGUGAGGAAUCUAACAAAGCUCUCGGCUUUAAGCCUUGCUGCGAAUCAUUUCUAUGGAACUCUGAAUCCUAAGAGUACUAGCCUGUUUGAGUUGCGCCACCUCCGUUACCUUGAUCUAAGUCAAAACAACUUCACCUCAUCACUCCCUUCUGAAUUUGGAAAUCUCAACAGACUAGAGAUCUUGGCUCUUUCCUCCAAUGACUUUUUCGGGCAAGUUCCUCCCACAAUUAGUAACCUAACCUCGUUAGAGGAAUUGAACCUUCACCACAACCAACUCACUGGUAGUUUCUCACUUGUUCAAAACCUAACCAUGCUUUCAGUUAUAGCAAUCAAUCAUAAUCACUUCUCUGGAGCCAUUCCAUCUUCUCUCUUCACCAUGCCUUUCUUAUCAUAUCUCGAUAUGGGAGACAACGAUCUCACUGAUUCUGUUGAAGUUUACAACUCCUCAUCUACCCUGUCUAGGCUCGAGUACUUGUCCCUUGGGAAUAACCAUUUUGAAGGAAAAAUCAUAGAGCCUAUCUCAAAGCUCAUCAGCCUCAAGAUUCUUGACCUUUCUUUCCUUAACACAAGUUACCCGAUUGAUGUAAGCCUCUUCUCCUCGCUGAAAUAUUUGGUGGACCUUGAUCUUUCCGGUAAUAGUAUAUCUCCGGCCAGUUUAGGUUCAAAUUUAGACAUCCCAAUAAACCUGGAGAUUUUGUUGUUACGAGGUUGCGGCAUCAAAGAGUUCCCAAAUAUCUUAAAGAUCCUUGAGAAGUUGGAGAAUAUAGACUUGUCCGACAACAUAAUCAAAGGCGAGGUCCCGGAGUGGUUAUGGAAGCUUCCUCGUCUAAACACAGUGUUUCUUUCAAAUAAUUCUUUUAAUGGUUUGGAAGGUCCAGUGGAUGUUUUGGUAAAUUCAUCUGUGAAGAAUUUAUUUAUGGAGCGAAACUAUUUUAAAGGAGCAGUUCCUAUUCUACCACUCUCCAUCAACAACUUUGCUGCGACAAUCAAUAGAUUCACAGGGAGCAUACCUCUUUCAAUCUGCAAUUGUAGGUCGCUUACGCAUUUAUGGCUUCCUUACAACAACCUCACGGGUCCAAUCCCUCAAUGCUUGAGUAACUUGACGGUUUUGAAUCUCCGGAAGAACAACUUGGAAGGAAGUAUCCUUGAGGCAUUUUAUGUCGGUGCUUCUCUACAAACACUUGAUGUUGGACACAAUCGACUAACCGGGAAACUUCCAAGAUCUCUUCAGAAUUGUUCAUCUCUCGAGUUUCUAGCUGUUGACCACAACAUAAUCAAAGACAAGUUUCCUUUUUGGCUCAAGGCUUUACCAAAUUUGCAAGUCCUUAUCCUCAGUUCAAACAAAUUCUAUGGAUCUAUAUCUCCUCCUGGUCAAGGUCCUCUCGGGUUUCCAGAGCUGCGUAUAUUUGAGAUAGCUGAUAAUAAGUUUACUGGAAGCUUGCCACCGAGAUACUUUGUCAAAUGGAAAGCAUCGUCCCUUAUGAUGAAUGAAGAUGGUGGUCUAUAUAUGGUAUACACGAAAAGGACUUCCGGGAGACUGUCAUAUAUGGAUAUAGAAGCUAUAGAUUUGAAAUACAAAGGUCUAUCAAUGGAGCAAGGGAAGGUCCUUACCUCAUACGCCACUAUUGAUUUUUCUGGGAACAGAAUUGAAGGACAGAUUCCUGAAUCAAUUGGUCUCUUGAAAGCACUGAUUGCACUCAACUUAUCCAACAAUGCCUUCACAGGUCAUAUUCCUCUGUCUUUCUCCAAUCUGGGAAAGCUAGAGUCACUAGACCUAUCAAGAAACCAACUCUCCGGGACUAUUCCAAAUGGACUUGGGACCCUCUCCUUUCUGGCGUACAUAAAUGUGUCUCACAACCAACUCAAGGGUGAAAUACCACAAGGAACACAGAUUACCGGCCAACCUAAGUCUUCAUUUGCAGGGAAUGCAGGCCUUUGUGGUCUUCCUCUCCAGGAAACUUGCUUUGGGACUAUUGCGCCACCAACACAACAACCUCCGGAAGAAGAAGAAGGAGAAGAGGAAGAAGUGUUGAACUGGAAAUGUGUGGCAAUAGGGUAUGGACUUGGAGUGUUGCUUGGAUUGACAAUAACACACCUCAUUGCAACAUAUAAACCGGAGUGGCUCGUUAAGAUAAUUGGUCCGAACAAGCGCAGAAACCGUUAGGAUUGUUUUCAGUUUGAGUAUGAUCCUUCAAUAUAUGUCAAGUGGUUGAUGUGAUUCAUCUUUGUAUGGAAGCAUCUCUUUAUGUUUGUUGUAUCAUUAUCUAAUGCUUAAUUUGUUCUAUUUCGCUUCUUUUUAUGAAGUAAUAAUUGUGUAUGUUUUUUGUCAUCUCAUAUGAAUUUAUGUUUUUUUUUCUACUGAGUAAAGUGGCAGAAUCAAGGAAAAUGGUGAAAUGGGAUCAAUCGCAUUUCGGUAAGAAGAAGCCAAGAAACUGUUGAGACCUAAUAUAUAUGAUGAUGCAUCAGCCAAAAGUUAAGUUGAAAUGGAAUAUAAAGACAACUAAUAAAUUACUCAAAUAGCAAAAAUCUUAUAGUAACAAGAGUGGGAUGCAGUGAUUAUUGGCUAUGUCUUGGAUUCACGAUAGCACAAAUCACUUACUCAUACACACUAAGGGGGUUAUUGGAACAUGAAUUUCGAUGAAAUUUGAUGAUUUUAAUAGUUGAGACUUGAAAGGAUUUUACAAGUUAACUAGAUUUAACAAAUUUUAUAAAAUACUUUUACAUAGAUUUUCAUUACUUGUGUAUAGAAUUCUAUUGAUUGUUAUUAACUUUUAAAGUAAGAAACUAAUGGUGCUAGAAAAAAAGGAAAGAAAAUCAUUUCAAUUAAGGCAAUUCUUACACAAUUUAUUUAAAAUAUUUUGUCACAAAAAAGAUCUCAAGAAAUAAAUUGACCAAAAUUUUAAUUUCUACUUCUUACUUAAUAGGUAUAUAAAUAAUAAAAAAUAAAAAUAUUUUUAUAUAAUUUCGAAAUAUAUGUUUAAAUUUAAAUUUUUGUAAAAAUAUUUUGAAUUAUUAUUUUUUAAAUUUUUUUUAUAAAAAAUUCGAAAGUGCUUUUUAAAACUAUUUUUACAAUUUUUAUUUUAAAUUUUUAAUAUUUUUUUCUAUUAUUUUAAAUUGUGAAUUGUAAUAUAUUAAAGUUGUGAUUUGUAUAUUAUUUUAUUCUUCAAUUUCAGUUUUUGUAUGUGAGUUAUUACAUUGAUUUCAAAAAUCUUAUGGGUAUAGAUGAUAUUUUUAAAGUGGAGUAUUAUGAGUAAAAACAAAGAAAAAUUACAUCCCAAUAACAAUAGAUUUUAAUAGAAUCUUAAAAUCAAUGAAAACUAAAUUUUUCUAAUAACAAAGGAUUUUGAGUGGAAUUUAAAAAUCAUCACCCCAAUAACAAUAAAUUUUUUAAGAUUUUAAAAAUUCACAAAUCAAUAACAAUGUAAUCUCAAAAUUUAAUAAUUUCUCUACAAUUCUUUGCCCAAUAAUCCCCCUAAGAGCACCCCCAUUGAGGGUUCAUGGGGGGAGUUCACACAAAAACCAAGAAAAAAAAAUAAUAAAAUAAUUCAAUCCCAUGAACCCUCUCUCUCCUAAAGUUCUCUUGGUUGAACCCCUCUCUCCUAAAGUUCAUCACUGUAGUGCGGGCCCCACGUGUCGUGGCGGCCCGCGAUUGGUCUAACUUUUUUUUUUUUUUUUUUUUUUAAAAAAAAA